CAGUUGAAGUUAUGUCUUGGUUAUUCAAGAGGAAAUAAUUCGCCUUCCAAGACAAUUCUCCUGAUUUUCACAGCGGGACUGAUGCUUCAUCUAAACUGGAAAUUUCAACCACCGGGCGUCAGUAAGUAGUCAGGGAUUUUUCGAGGAAACGGUACUGUGAUUGGUUCAAAAUUCGCCCCCGGCUCUGAAUUAAGACAAAGAAUCGUGCUGAUUUUCGCACAACCAACAAGUCGCAAAACCAAGACCAAUCGUAAAUUAAUUUAUCUAUGAACUUUGUUGAGCAUGAUUCAUUUUGAGAUUUUGCGAGUUCUCAUUGGCUUGUUACACUAGUAACCACGACAGCGACGGCAACGGGGACGUGGCAAAACAAGGGAUAUAAAAGGCAGGGCAAUGGCCCAGCACGAGUGUUUUAAAACUUUGUAUAUUUCUUUGUACAUUUCCGUCCUCUGCAAAAUCACCAACAUUUUCGUGAUCUGACAACGGGAACUUAGACGGUAUUUCAAGCAUCGAUUUAAAACUCAACGCAGAGCACUUAAGUUAUGUUGAAGUUGAGGCGUGGCGCUGUAAGAGACAGUUAACAUAUCCAGUCAUUCGCGAAAUUCUAACUAAAAAUAUAAGUUCACUUUUGAAUCGAAGUCUUCCUCGGCGUUGCUUUCCUGGCUGCUAAAAGGUCCCUAACAUGAAUGGGUUACGGUAGAGUUAAUGGGGAGAAAUAAUUUUAAGUAUACGUCUAAGAGUAACGGAUGUUCUCUUCUCAGGUAUGAGUUGUAAGGCAAGCUGUAAUGUGAAGGAGGUUUUGUCUUGUUCACCAAACGGGGAGAUCAUCACGAAGACAAGUGUGAGGGAGCUGGGAAAACCACUUACUAGAAAAGGUACAAAAUGGAAGGCAUCACGAUUAUAUCCCUUAUUGCGGUUUAUUUAAUCAAAUGUAACUUUGCCAAUUAUUUUCUAAUCUUUUUGUUUUAGUUUUUCUAACCAUUGGAAUUCCAACCGUCGAAAGAACUUACAAGAACAAGACGGAAAGUUAUUUGAAUGCAACUUUAAACUCGCUCUUGACGAGUAGUGUUUCGGAGGAUGACCUUAAAGACAUCUUAAUUGUUGUUUUUCUCGCCGACACCGAAGAAUCAGCCCGCGCGAUCGUCAAAAAGAAACUAUUAGAAAACUUUAGUAAAUACAUGGAGAUGAAUUUAAUUCAUGUAAUUUCGGCUCCUCCCUCGUUCUAUCCUCGCUUGAAAGGAAUUCCGUCUACUCUUGGCGACGGGCCUGACAGAAUGUACUGGCGUUCAAAACAGAGCAUGGAUUACGUGUUUAUGUUUUAUUACAGUCAUGGCCUUGCAAAUUACUACUUGCAUCUUGAAGAUGAUGUCACAACUGAGCCCAACACUUUGAGUCAAAUACGAAAAUUUAUUGAUCAAAGAGGAAAUGUCACGUGGGAAGUGUUGAAUUUCAGCAUCUGGGGGUUUAUAGGAAAGCUUUUCCACGACGAAAAUCUUCGAAUGCUGGGUCGUUAUUUCGAGAAAUUUUACUAUGAAAUGCCUUGCGACUGGUUGUUAUAUAAUUACUACGCUUCGAGAGGAGGAAAAUCAAUGCUUAAAGAUAAGAAGAACAUGUAUGAGAAGGAACUUUUUCAUCACAUUGGUCACCAGUCUUCCUCUCUUGGAACAUAA